GCAUGAUCUAAACUCUCACCCGUAUCCUUCCUUCAGCCCCAUUCAACAUCCCAAACUUUUUCAAAAGCCAAAGCAAAGCAGUAUGUUGAACAUUGGUGCACGUAUCGUAAGCACAUCUCGCGUGCGGGCAAUCCAAGCAACGCGGUCGUACGCAACCAAGGAGGCCGCCCCCGUAACCCUCAAGAACCACAAGUACACCGUCCAUGCUACCGCUGCUGGGCAAGGUCGCAAGGGCGAAGUCAACUCAUUCGAUGAGACCCCUUUCUCUCUGCACCUAGCAAUGCCCAAAGCAAUGGGCGGCAAGGGCGAUGGGACGAACCCUGAGCAACUGUUCGCCAUGGGGUACGCAUCGUGUUUCCUCGGAGCCUUGCAGAUGAUGGCAGGCAAGACGGGAAAGAAGGAUGCCGCAAGGAACGCCGUGAUCCACACGACUGUGCAUCUUGGAGAGGCGGAGGGGCUUGGGGGGUUCGGGUUGGCCGUGGAUAUAAAGGUUGAGGGUGUGGAAGACGAGGAACUGAUCAAGGCUGGUCACGAGGCUUGUCCCUACAGUCGUGCACUCAUGCAUGGUGCAGUUGUGAAUGUUUCUAAGGCAUAGGUACACUUUUAGAUCUGUGGCCCGAGGAGCUUUCUUCAUAGUUUUCGCCUGACUUGUUCGCACGUAUUCCGGUCCUUGAGAACGUCACUGCAAAAUAGGAGAUAAUUAUAAUGCAC